GUGGCAAUCCUGGCCGUGCGAGGAGCUCCUUUGCCCAGCUGGUCGAAAAGGAACAAGCAGAACACACAGCCUUCUCCAAACAGUAGAGCCUCGGAAUUCCUUUCCUGUGCAACGCGUGUAAUCGCAAGGUUCGCGGCCUCUCAAAGCCAAAAUGGUGCGUACCAACGUUCUCGCCGACGCUUUAAAGUCGAUCAACAAUGCUGAGAAGAGAGGCAAGCGUCAGGUGCUCAUCCGCCCCAACUCCAAAGUUAUCGUCAAGUUCUUGUCCGUGAUGAUGAAGAAGGGUUACAUUGGUGAAUUCGAAAUCGUCGAUGACCACAGGGCUGGUAAAAUUGUUGUUAACCUGACUGGUAGGUUAAACAAAUGUGGUGUCAUCUCACCUCGCUUUGAUGUACCCAUCACUGAAAUUGAAAAGUGGACCAACAACCUCCUGCCAUCCAGACAGUUUGGGUAUGUUGUGCUGACCACAAGCGGUGGAAUCAUGGAUCAUGAAGAAGCCAGGCGAAAACACUUGGGUGGCAAGAUUCUGGGUUUUUUCUUUUAAUUAAUUAAAACUAUCAAAGUAAA